AUAAUUAUGUCUGUGUGAGUGUGUGUAUGUAAAAGUAAUAAUGAGCUUCAUGCAAUGACCGGGCCCAAAAUCGCCCACGCCAUGUGUUGGGGCAGCAUCGUCCAACCUCUACUCUGCCUCCAAAUACAACUUCAACUGCGACUUGGGCCCAACCCAAUGGCCACGCCAACGCCAACGUUAAAGUCAACGUCAGUAACUGCGACUGCAACAGCGACUGCGACUGCAACAGCCAAAAAAUGCAUCAGAGGAAGCGAGCCCUCGACAUCGAAUGUGGGUAAUUCUCAAUUGCUGGCAUUUCGUUACCCUUUUUGGUCAAUUUUCUUCGCGUCUUGGGCUUAAAGGAAGUGGGCAGGGUGCGGCAGGUCUGGCAUUGCCAUCCUGGAGAUAAGCUGCACUUACUUCUUUACUCGGUGGGAUCGCAUGAUGCUUUGCUGUUGUUGUUUUCAAUUACAAAAUCACCAAAACUAAACGAAAUCUAAAGAAAGCAGCUAGCGAGACAAUAAAUGCAAACCGUCAACAUCCAAGACGGAAAUUGGUAAGUAAAGAAAUAUAAAAAAAAUAAAGAAAACAACAACAACAACAAAAACAAUACGAGUGCCAACUGUCGCAAGUGCAAAUGGCUUUUAAGGCCAGAAGUCUACACGAGAGAGCGUUGAGCGGAGAGACGAUGCGUCGUCAAAGCCACAGAUUGCAAAAAUCAAAAACAAAGCAAAAAACAAAAAAAAAGAAUACAAAAACAACAACAACGUUGUCCCGUGGGCAACUUUUAGCGAGCGAGCGCGAAUUGAGCGACGAUGACGAAGUCGUCGCCGAAGCCAAAGCCGAAGCUAAAGCUUUGGGAGCCCGAAAGCACACAGUCUUCAAGUUGCAGUCGCUGUCGCUGUCUGGCGAUCAGUUCAAGUUUGUCCGUCGAGCCAUACAGAGCUAAGCGCGAGGCAGAGGCAGACGCAGUCGCAGAGCCAAAGCUGCGAGUACAGUACAAAGACAAAAAAGAAGACAAAGUCGAAGAAUAAGCAAAAGAAUAAGAGGAAGAAGCAGCAGUUGUAGUUGUAGCUGAGUUGUAGUAUUAGUUGACUAAGAAGAAGCGAACAAAAUCUGAAGCUCAAGCUAAAGCUAAAGAAUAUAUGAAACUGAAUCCACACACAUUCAUCGUAAACGUAUUUCGUAUCGCAGUCGUAUCGUUACCUGAAAGCUGAAAGCGAAACUGCCGCUCAAGUUCAGCGAGCGAAUCAACGUCGCUGUCGCAGUCGCUGCCUCAGUCGCUGCCGCCGUUGUCUCCGUCGAUUUCUAUGCAAAUUAUUACUCAGAAAAAAUAUAUAAAAAGUGUGCUAUUUUUAUUUCGCUAAAUGUCGACUUGAAGCGCCGCGCCGACGUUGCUGCUGCAGUGGCAGAAACUGUGACGGGAACGGGAAUCGGAAUCGGAAUUGGGAUUGGGAUUGUAACCCGAGACCAAGUCGCUCUCCACGACAAACAGACUGUAUCUGAAUCUAUAGCAGCGUCUGUUGCUGUCUACGUGUGUGUUUGUGUGUGUGUGUAUCUGAAGCGGCGCAGAGCGCAAAAAGUAAUCAUAAACUAAAGCAACAAUAAAGCAAGCGAAAACGUGUAAAGAAAAAAGUAAGCAGCGCUAAAAGUCACUCAUAAAAAAUAAUACAAAAUAAAAACAAAACAAAGAGAAAAAAACUACUGCCGCUUGCCGUCGAUCGACAAGCGACAACAGAAGACAAACGUCGCUCGUCAGUGAUAUCAGCUCAAGGCUCAAAGCUGCUCCGAUCGGAGUCAAGUUGCGGGUGAUAGUGAUUGUGACUGUGACUGCAACUGUGCCCAGGAUAUCAAGUGGAACUCAAAGUGAUUCCUCACUGUGAUCAGCUUUGCUCAAAUCUAAACAAAAUUGAAUAAUCCAAUUAAUUAAAUAAAUAAACAACGCGAUAGCUAUGGAAUAUCUGUGCAUAUUGAAUGCCUUUGAGCAGAAAUAUUAUAAUCGCAUUGAGGAAAUCAAGCGACUGGCCGCCGUCUCCCAGCAGCAGCAGUCAACAUCGUCUGGUGCAUCCGUUCCCGCCUCCUCCUCUUCCUCCGUGUCCGCGUCGGUCUCCGGCAGCGCUUCAGCUGCUUCCUCGACGGCCAGCUCGCCCACGGCAGUGGCCAAGGAAGUUGCCGUUGCUGCUCGACAUUUUCCGACUUCUUACGCAGAAUGCAAUGCCGCUCUCGCGGCAAUGCAGCAACAGAUCCAGCAGAGACUCGCUGCCUCAGCCUAUCAGCAGCAGGGCCAUGCUGAGUUUCCUGCCCAGUCGCCCCUCUUUUAUCAGCAGCACCACCAGCAGCAGCAGCUCCAACAACAACAAAAUCAACAACAACAUCAUCAGCAGCAACAUCAACAGCUGCCUGGAACUGUUCACCAACAGGCUGGAACGGGAUCGUCUCAGCUUCAACAGAACAACUCGAAUAUGGCCAACAGUUUGUUGUGGCAGCCUUGGAGGGAUCUUCAACAGGCAGCGGCCAUGCAUCAUCAGCUCAUCAAACAACAACAAAAACAACAACAACAACAACAGCAAUUGCAUAAAGAAACGCGCCUGACGUCAAAAGAGCUGCCAACCACCAAGUGGCGUCGCGAACGCCGCCAGCGAGCCGCCGCCGUCGAGUAUCAAGUUCAUGAUGCAGGCAGUGGUGACAGAGAUCGGGAGCGGGAGCGCGAGAGGGAGAGGACACCCGACAUGGACAGUCCCAUUGACAUGUCAGUGACGUCUAGCACUGUGAAGCAUCAGCGUGCAUCACCUCCACCGCCGUACCGCGAGCCACUGGCGGGAGCGGGAAGCCAUUGCUAUGCAGCCAGCCGACCCAGCGUCAUCACCCAAGCGCCACCGAAGCGGGAGCAGCUGGAGCACCUACACUCUCACUCCCACUCGCACUCCAGUCGCGAGCUUGAAAAUCGCAGUACGGAGUCCGAUUCCAUUUGUGACAUCGAUGAGCAUUUUCGGCGCUCCCUCGGACCGGACUAUGCAGCGCUGCUCAAGUCGCCAACACCCAGUUCGCCCACACCGUCGCCACAGCCGCAAUCCAUACAAGCGCCAUCGCAUCCGCAGCCUGUGGCGGGUAACGGAGUACCCAUGCAGCAGAUCUCUCCACUUGGGUAUCGGCAGCAGCCAACCACUUACCAGCAACAUCACUCGCCCUUGUCGCUGCCACUUCCACUUGCGUUGCCGUUGCCGUUGCCCAUGUCCAAAAUGGGCUUGCCCACCAUGCACUCUCCAACAUUGCAUUCGGCACCGGUGUCACCGCAACAUGAACUGCCACCACCCCAGGAGGAACCGCUGUCUUUGUCUCCGUCACCAGUUCGAGCAGCAUCCGCUUCGCCGCCUUCUCCGCCGACAACAGGCGUCAGCCAAAUAUUGGAUAUGCCGGUAACCAAGAGAGAAAGAGCCCUGGACACGCCUCAUCAUACUCCUCCCAGAUAUAAUACGCCACCACCAGCCUACGGCAGUGGGCUAGCGUCAACGCCAACGCCGCCCACCAUGCCAGCUAUUAUACGGGUGAAAGCCGAGCCGGGACUAGCCGCUGCAUCAUCGACGCAUACACCGCCUGCCUCGCCCACCUCUUCCACGAACAUUUCAAUAUUCACCAAGACUGACGCCUCUGUAGAUGACCACUUUGCCAAGGCAUUGGGCGACACUUGGAAAAAGUUGCAGGGCCAGGGUAAGGAGUAGGCAUGCAGUCAGAAUGCUGAGGAAAUGCGAAGACCAACUCAAAAGCUGUUUUUAUUUCAAACUACACAAUUUAUGUUUAAAGAUCUCAUUACGAUGUGAAAAUUUUUCAAUUGCGAGUGUAUUACAAGUUUCUUAUAAUGAUUUUAUUAUUGAUUAUUAUGUGGAUGUGGAAAAGCGUAUACGUACAAGUGACAAAAUUGGUAUUCUUAAUGCAUAGUUGCAUAGAUAGACUAAUCCUUAAAAUAUAUAUUUAUAUGUAAAAAUAUAUUUACCUACAAAUAUUGAUUUCAUAAUUCUAAAUUAUGAACUUAUUGUAAGCUUACGAUUACCCAAAUGAAUCCUAUAAAAAUUAAAUUUAGCGAGUGAUAAACAAACACACACAGAACUCUCUAAUAUGCACUCUAUUACCAAUUAAGACAAAAUCCUACAAUAAAAAUAUAAAGAAAAAUUAA